UCCUUCUACUUGCACUUUCUGCGUUCAGAUGCAGAAGGUGCUGGUCAAGUAAACAAACAAAAACUGCCGUAGCGAAAAAGGAAGCAGAUGGAAAACUCCAAGUCUACGGUGUCCACAUCAAGGUUCACGCGUUUACAGCUGGGCCAAACGGUCAGCUGUAAAACGGUUCCCGUGAUCUGGUUCGGGGCUAUUUUUGGAACAUUGUUCUGAAAUAAGGAGGGUCAACAUCAAGCCUCCGCCAGCGGACUCUUCGUGGUCGCGAACACGCGUGAUAUUUCCACGUGUGAAAGCGAGCUCCCGCUUUAUAUAUUUACAUACAUGACAUUACGUAUAUGACGACACGAAGCAGAUGCGUAGGGUCUCGUCGGCGAAGAGGCGUAUCGUCGCAGGUAUUUCGUUCGCCGCUUAAACGAGGAUGGCACUCGAUCCGAAGGACAUCGUGAAGCUGCUGGACAUCCUCAAAGAGGAGAACCUGGACACCAGCUUGGAGAGCCUCGGCAAUCAGCUGCAUCAGACCUUCCCUAAGGAGCAGCGCUUCAAGGUCGGAACGAUUCUUCUGCUGCACUUGCAGCAAGUCGACCUGCUGCCCAAGCACGUGCAACGUGUCGUGGCGUUGACGUUGCUGUUCGACCUGUACCGCGGCGAGCCGUUGGCUUCCACGCCUUUCGCCUCUGUAUUCGUACAGGUGCUCAAGUCGCAGGAGGACACCAACAACGGUAGCUCGAAACCAACCGGCCACACCGGUCACAUACCGUUUCUGUCGAAUUGUGAGAGGAACCUGCUCGUCAGUUUGAUGGGAUACAAUCAGAAGGACGUAAUGAAGAAAACGCCGCGCCAGAUCGUGGACGAGUUCUCGUUCGCCGCCGUGCCGUCCAUCGAUCUGACCAACUUGCAGCUGCAGCUGGCGGAACACCAGUCCGAGCUGCCGUCCGUAAGUAAAUGCGGAAAUCCUAUAAUCCUGCCCGACAUGGAUCACUCCAAAGGGACGGAAUACGACGUGGCGUCUGUGCAGAGUAUCCUGGAGAACCUAACCAUCGGCGAUCCGCCCCUGUGCAGUCAGAGCUAUCAUCCUGAGUUCCUGAGACUCGUGCCGCCGAUUUAUCACGGCAUCAACGAGAUAGCCUGGUUCCACGUCACGGAGCCGACUCAGUUCACGAUCGAGUACGACACCAGUAUGUGCGUGUCGAACUGCGCCAGCGCCGAGGCACGUAAACUCAUGGGCAAAGCCUUCAAGAACGUAUUAACGCUGACGCAGCAGCAAUAUUUGAUCAGCGAAUUGGACAAGGAUCCGAAGCUCGUUUAUCACAUCGGACUCACGCCCCCCAAGUUACCGGACCUGGUUGAGAAUAAUCCUUUAAUCGCCAUUGAGGUUUUACUGAAGCUAAUGCAAUCCAGCCAGAUCACGGAAUACUUCAGUGUGCUGGUGAACAUGGAGAUGUCCCUACACUCCAUGGAGGUCGUCAACAGAUUGACCACCACGGUGGACCUGCCGACGGAAUUUGUACAUUUGUAUAUCAGCAAUUGUAUAUCCACUUGCGAGACCAUCAAGGACCGUUACAUGCAAAAUCGACUGGUGCGACUUGUCUGUGUGUUUCUGCAGUCCUUGAUAAGGAACAAGAUCAUAAACGUGCAAGAAUUGUUUAUCGAGAUCCAAGCGUUCUGUGUUGAAUUCAGCCGCAUCAGGGAGGCAGCCGCAUUAUUUCGGCUCCUAAAGCAACUCGAGUCCGGUGAUACCGGUGGGCUUAACGCUCCACCUACGAGAAGUAGGACAGAUAUGUGUUAAAAUGCACC